AUGCAAGUCAUUAGAAAGAUUUACAUAAGUAUAAAAAAUAUUGGAACUCAAUGGAAGCCACAUCAGAUCGCUAAAACAAAUUAAUAUUUUCGGCUACGACAAAAUGCAUGAGCAGAUUUGGAAUUAUAAAGUGCCAAAUCCAUUACUGUGGAAGGGACAUUAUAAUGCCACUGUGAUACCGGAAAAUGAGAUUCCAGAGUGGUUCCAGUAUCAUAAAGAAUUUUUAGAAAAUCAAAUUGCUCAGAGAGGGGAUGAUGAUGUCCAAUUGAUCAAAGGAAAUGAAGAUUGGGUAAUAAAUAUUGAGGGGCCACACUAUCUGGAAGCUAUCAGCGGGAUUGUAAUAUAUGUCGUUACAUUUUUCAAUGAAGAUCUUAGUGAUGAGGAUUUUUUAUGGGAAUCUCAGGUUACAUUCUUUGUGUUCUUGAGAGCAAAAUAUUCCUAGUGUGAGAGAA